GGAACGGAAUGGACAUGAUCAAAAACAUGCCGUUUUUAUUGAUUCAUAUUGACUUGAUAUUUUGUGUUCUGUAUCCUACAGCGAGACGUUGCGGAGCCCUGUCUAAGCGAGACUGAAGUGUGGCGCAGCCGCUGUGUGCAGAAGCUUCAGCGCCAAAAGGCCUUGUGGUCAGGUUUCUCGACACUGCGGCCCGUUGCAGUCUAAAGGGGACAAGGGGAUGUAUAGAAUAGAAUUACAAAACACCGGAAAGCUUGUUGUGCAGAGGCACUACAGGGUUCGGCGGAUUGGACUAGACGAAUUGCCCGACGGUUGAGCUGGAACGAGUCACAUGAGAACAAAUUGCUGUGUCUCCCAUCCCACUUUUCCCCAGGCACGGGGAACCCUCUCGUGUCCGCAGAGUUUUUUGCAUUUUGGCUCGGUAGAUAGGGACGGCGCUGGACACGGCGGCGGCCGAGCAGGGCCAGGCGGCGCGUGCCUGGCGAGAGCAGGGCCGACUGAGUCGGCCGCCGUGAUCCGCGGCGCCCGAAAUGAUGCGCGGCGCGCGGAAUGCGACCAUUGUCCCCCAUGGGAAACACCUCAGCAUCGAGCCUCCAAGCAUCAACUUCGAGAACAUCGAAGCCAACAUGAAGUAUAUUCAGACGCUGGUGGUCAGAAAUCUCAGCACCUAUGUGAAGCGCAUUCGCUUCCAGGUGCCAAAGUCACAGGAGUUUCGGAUCGUCACAGAGAAUGAAAUUGGAGUUGCUCCCGGACUCUCAGUGUCCGUAGAUGUGGAGUUCCUCACCAGAAAAGUCGAUGACUUUUUCGACAAGCUAGUGGUUGUUGCGGAGGACUUCCGAGGUGAAGUGGAGCUUUGUGCUCAACGACCUCAGGAAAAGGCAAGAAAGGGCGAAGGCGCUGUGACCACCAUGGCGCGACAGGUGAGCCCGACGGAUGCCACCGAGAAGGCCGACCGCAAGAAGAACGAGCUGCCUACAGAGGAGUUGAACCCGGCCUUGCCGAAGCUAGAGACUUCUUCUGUGGUGCCGAGCAUCAAGGUGAGUCCGGACAUGCUACACUUUGGGCAGUGUCCAGUGAACCACCGGCGAGACAUCGUUCUGCGGAUCACCAAUAGCAGCCCACCAAAUACUUCUGUAGAGUUUGAGAUCCCGCGUGUGUCUCACAUGCGGGUGCACCCGAUGAAGGGCAAGCUUGCUGCAGGGCAAAGCACCAACGUUGUGGUGUCCUUCAUGCCAAAGGCACUCGGGAAGUACAACCAGGACAUCUCCAUCAAGUAUGGCAACAGUCAGUACUCCCACACUCUGCACUGCUAUGGGGAGGCGCCUGUGCUGGGUGAAAAGCCAGUGCCAGUGAAAGGCCUGGAAAGAACUGGCAGAGACUUCGAUCCAGAGUACAUCUAUGUCAACCAGGAGCAGCUGAACUUGCCGCCCAAAGCUCGCAACCUUCAAAGCCUGACAAAGAUCAUGAAGGAAGAUUUGGAGAGAAACCAGUACUCAUUUGAUGCACUGGAUUCGAUCAUGAUGGAUUUGCCGGAACCUACGCCGUACUCCCUAUCUCCUUCCGCUAUGCAGGAGUAUGUCAGAAACAAGCAGCGCUAUAACAAGCUCCUCAAGGACUCGAGAAUAAGAAGAAAGAUACGACAAAAAGAAGAGCUGCAUCCGUCUGAGCCAGUAGAUAUAUUCUACGAGGAUGAUGUUAACAUGGGCAUGCUGCCUGGAUCAGGGCUCAAGAGUCCACGAUACAAUGUGUGGGAGAUUCCGGUCGACAAGCUUCAUCUGGAACGGGCACUGGAUGAUGACAGUGCCGCAGAAGGAGUGACCGGUCACCGUUAUAUGCAUGAUGAGAACAAGCUUAUCAAGAAGAAGUACAAGGCUGGACCCACCACUCAGGCUGAAGUGCGGGAAUGCUCUGCAAGCCUUGAGACCUGGCAGUUGGGCUUGAUCUCCUUCGGCCCCGCAGUUUUAGACUUUGGAAACGUCUAUGUCAAGUCCACGGUGGUGAAGUCCUUCUCAGUCUUCAAUGACCUUCCACAGGCCAUUCUGGUGGCCAUGCAAUAUGAUGCGGAGGAGUUGAGCCGAUCCACCCCAACCUCGCAGGUGGUGCCCUCUGCACAUGCUGCUGGUUUUGAUGUCUCAGUGUGCUCUGCCACGCCGCAGAACUUUCAGAGACAGGUGGUCUAUACCAUCAAUGGUAUCCACCCCUACAAGUUGCUUGUCAAGGCCACCAUCACACCGGUGCAGAUCCGCAUGUCCCGGGCGGAUCUCAACUUCCGCUUCAGCGAGGACAGCCUUGAAAAGACUUUGUCGGAAAAGCUCAUGCUGGACAAUCCGGGCAACGCUCCUGCGAAGUUCAGCUGGCAGGGUGCGAACCAAUCCUUCGCCGUCUCACCGGUGAGCGGUGUGAUUCCUCGUGGCGGUUCUCAAGGGGUUGAGGUGAUUUUCACUCCGCCCAACAGUGGGCAGACAAUGGAGGGCUACUUGACCUUGAAGGUGGAGGAUGGCAACGACCACAGCCUACGCUGUGUCGGGCAAGCCCCUGAAGCGACACUGAACUUUGGCGUGAAGAGGUUAGACCUUGGCGUAUUGGCUGUGGGGCUACCAGCAGAUCGUUCCAUUCCCAUUGUGAAUGGUGGCAAGAAUGUGGCGGUCUAUCAUGUGGACAGCGUGCCAGACGGGGUUGGCAUUUCUCCAAUGCGGGGGCGAGUCUUGCCAGAGGGACGGGCUGAGAUCGAUGUCCACGUGCUUCUUGAUAGGCCGAUGCAGCUGGAGUCUGCAGUGACCCUGAAUGUCCGUGGAGGCAAGCCGAUUCGAUUGCCGAUCAUGGCAACUGCAGUGAACCCUAACAUUGAGUUCAUGGAGGAUGAAAUCGAGUUUGGCCAACUGACACUUGGAGCACAAGGUGUCGUCCCCAUCUCCUUGAAAAAUUCUUCGGCUGUGGAAGGGACGCACUAUGUCAAUCUGCAGCCGUACCCCGAGUUCAGCCUAUCCCUCUUGGAAGAGCGGCAAGAUACCGUCUAUGACGCAGAUUAUGAUGCAAACGCCUUGCAGCCGAUCUCUUUGCAGCAGUAUCAGCUGGCCAUUGGUGGCGUUACAGAGGCCCAAGCUGCACCGUCUGCCACCAUCGGCAACAAGACGGCCCUGAUGGGUGCAACCCAAAAUGCGACACAAUUGGGCACGCAGAACGAAGACGAAGAUGAAGAAUCCAACUCCCAAGUCUACAAGAUCACCGUCUGA